UUUAGUAUACUUUCUGAAGAGAUAUCUGAACGUUUAAUCUCUGUUUGUUUCUCUGUAAAUUCCCAGUUUCUCGCAACAGUUAUUAGUUAUAAUUAACAGUUAUUAGUGUCUUCUAAACAACUUAACCAAAAGGACUUCUAUCCAAGAUUUUAUAAACUUGCAAUCUUUGCAUUUCAGCCAAAAAGCAAGUAUCAUCUUUUAACUUUGUAUAUAUCUGAAAUAAUUUGGCGAAGAAGAACAGUAACAAAAAUGUAUAGCUUUGAAAAGCCUACGCUGCAAACAGUAUUGGAAGACAAUGGUGGAAACGAAAAGCUGUUAGAAGAGUUGUUUUACAAGUUUCAGUUAUGGUUAAAGCAGCAAACUCACCUUCCUCAAGAUAUAAGCGACCAACGAUUAAAAUAUAUUAUUUAUGCUGCAAAGUUUGAUUUCGAGAAAGCCAAGAAAAAUUUGGAUACAAUUUACACCCUUCACAAUCUGGUUCCAGAAAUUUACGGCACUUUCGAUCCACUUAGCGAUGAUAUAAAUCAUUUUCAUAAAUUCUUCCAAUGGGUACCUUUACCAAAAUUGACGCCAGAUCAAAGUAGAAUAUAUUUUAGCCGGAUAACAAAUAAUGACGCUUCUUUGUACAUUCCUUGGAUAAUAGCAAAAUAUAUUGUGAUGACAAUGGAAGCUCGUAUGGAAGAAGAUAUAGUUUCUAACAAUAUUAUAAUUUGGGAUUCCGCUGGUUUAAUUAUCCAACAUAUAUUUAAGUAUACACCAACUCUAUUGAAAGUAAUGGAUACUUGUUUGGAAGCAUACUGUGGAAGAAUAAAAGCGAUUUACAUAUUCAAUGCACCACCAUUUAUUGAUAUACUUAUGAAAAUGACAAAAGCAGUAAUGAGAACAAAACUUUUCAACAGAAUACACGUUUAUGCAUCAGGAAUAGAAUCAUUAUAUGAAGAAAUACCAAAAUCUAUUUUGCCAAUGGAUUAUGGCGGUGAGCAACCGUCACUGGAUACAUUAGCAGAUAUGUGGAAUACGAACCUGGUUAAACGAAGGAAUUGGUUUCUAACAGAAGAAAACCGUAAAGCCGACGAAUCUCUCCGAAAAACUCUGUGAUAGAUCCAAACGAUAUGUUCGGAGUUUCAGGAACAUUUAGAAAAUUAGAAAUCGAUUAACACGCGAAUAUUUUUUUAUAAAUAAAAAAACAAAAUGAAACUU